CUUACGCCAAACAGCUAAAACAGCGACUAUGCCGUCAGUUUUCGACCAACGACGAUAGGAACAAGUUGGAGAGCUAUGGCUCUGGCACGUUUCACGUGGACGAUCGCAGCGCUGCUUCUUCUCGUGGUUUCAACUCACUCGGAACUUAAUCCAUUUCUCAUCGGUGGAGCACCGGCUUCGCUGGGAGCAUACCCAGCAACGGUUGGCAUCAAUAUUGGCCAGCCGCAAACCUUAUUCUGCGGUGGAACAAUCCUGAACACAAAUCACGUCCUUACCGCCGGGAGCUGUGUCCUGGACGCACAAAACAACCUCCGCCCGGCGAAUCACUUCAUCAUUCGUAGUGGCGUUGUGGUGAUUGAUGCCGCUGCACCUGCCACCGCUGUGGAUCGGGUUUUCGUGCAUCAGCUAUACAAUCCGUUCACCUUUGAAAAUGAUAUUGCCGUUCUGCGGAUCGUAGGUCAGUUUCAAUUCCCACAGGUUGGCACACCGAAUAUUGCCCCGGCGGAACUGCAGGAUCGAAUCGUACCGGAGAACUACGUAUGUCAGAUCGUGGGUUGGAACUGGCAGGCAACGGGAGUUAGUCAUGCCUUGCAGCAGCUGGAUGUGUUCGUACAUCAACGGGAAGAUUGUAACACCUUGUUCAACGGAAUGAUCCAGAACUCGAUGCUUUGCGUUAGAACUACCAACGCAAAUCAGGCCCUUUGUCUGCCGAACCGUGGCGGUGGUUUGCUCUGUAACGGGCGACUGACGGCUGUGGUGUCAUUUGGGUUAGGGUGUGGUACUAACACUACGACUACGGCAUCGGUUCUCACGCAGGUUCGCUACUAUCAGCCCUGGAUUCAGCAGCAGUUUGUACGGAAUGAUAAUCCGCCACCCGGAACGACUCCGAUGCCGGGUAGAGGUGGAUCUGCCACAGUAUUGGUGUCGAUAGGCGCCAUCUUGUUUGCAGUGUUUUCGACGACAAUAAUGCGAUGAAUAUCGGGGAUCCCAAAUAGAAUUUGUUAUUUAGUAGCAACCAAUAUAUUUACUCAUAGUGUUUAUGGUGUACAAUUCUUUUUGGAAUUAAAAUUUAU